AUGAACGGGAUCUCGGUAGACAUCAAUCACUUGAAAAAGGGCGAGGUCUCGCUAGGAACGUCGAUCAUGGCCGUCACCUACAAGGACGGAGUCAUUCUCGGCGCUGACUCCAGAACAACCACCGGUACCUACAUCGCCAACAGAGUUACCGAUAAGUUGACUCAGAUCCACGACACCAUCUACUGUUGUCGUUCUGGGUCUGCUGCAGACACGCAGGCUGUCGCAGAUAUCGUCAAGUAUUACUUGCAGAUGCAUGCUUCGCAAUUGCCUCCUGGCGAAACUCCAACCACCAAAGUGGCUGCCUCUGUGUUCCAAGAAAUCUGUUACACCAACAAGGAUGGAUUGACGGCAGGUAUCAUCUGCGCCGGGUAUGAUAAAAAGAACAAGGGAAGUGUGUAUUCCAUCCCGAUUGGAGGUUCCAUCCAUCAACAGGAAUAUGCCAUUGCUGGCUCGGGUUCCACUUUCAUAUAUGGUUGGUGUGACAAGAACUACAAGCGCGACAUGGAGCGCGACGAGUGCAUAACGUUCAUCAAGACUGCGCUCUCGGAGGCCAUCAAAUGGGACGGGUCGUCGGGUGGUGUCGUGCGCAUGGUGUUGUUGACCGAGAAGGGCGUGGAAAGAUUGAUUUUCUACCCCGACGAAUACCAAGCGUGA